AUGGCGCUUGUGCGCGCGUCUCCCACUGUCUCUCGACCUGCGUUCGCCCACCGAACGCGCUCGAAUCUCCGUGCAUCAACGCACGCCAAAGCGACGUGCUCACAUGAUCUCUCGAGCGCGUGGCGCGCCUCGGAGUACAAUUUAUCCACAAGAUGGCCGCUCGCUCAGAAACUCUUCGCCCACGAGCUCGCUCGUGCCUCCCUAGACGCUCGACGGGUCAACCUAGGAUGGCACCAAGCGAAGAGUUACGUCGGUAUCACGUAUAUGUACGACGACGAGGAGACGGGCGCAUCCAAGGCGGACGUGUUCCUGAGCAAAUACGUCGUGUUGGACCCGUCGUACGAAAACUUUGUGGGAUGCGUGCGGCACGAGUUGGCGCACGUCUUGGCGGGACCGACGAGCGUCGAUCACGGACGGGCGUUUUUGGAGGCGUGUGAGCAGUUGGAGGUGCCCGAAGCGUGGCGUGGGGCGACCACAGGGGCGUUUUAUAGCAGGCCGGUAACGCAGUUGAUGUGGGCCAAGUGCGAUGCGGAGGAAAUGUUGGCGAAAGCGAAGACAGGAGCGUCGUUUUUGCCAGAUUUAUUGUACGAGAAGAACGUGUGGGAUGCCCCGAUAGGGGGUAACAGGACGGUGUUCAAGGACGACGAGACAGGAACGGUGUUGGACGCGUUUGAGAUGUACGCGUUGACGAUCGCCGCUGAGGCAGAGGAGGCGUGCAGAGGUGCGUAG